GGUCGUCCUAUGACGGCAAGUUCGGAAAUGAUUCUCAUCAGGAUGCACUGAGGGGGGAAACAACAGUGGCGGAUGCAGAGAGUUAUUUGAUGUUGCCAUUGGGAACUGCAUCGGGGAUCGGUUUGACCUCUAUCGACGAUCGCUCCCAAGGUAGGGAUAUUGGGCUGGAGGAAGGACGGCGGGGCCUGCUUGCUGUGCCCUAGAAGACAGGCCUCGGCCCGGCGUAACUGCACCCGCCAGUGGCCCUCCUUCUUCCCUGGGCGCAUUCGGAGUUCUAGAUUGGUUAUUCUGGGACUGUCAGCCUCAGUAACUGGGUCCAGCCCGAUCUCUGGUGAUGUCUGUGAGAAGUUUGCUCUUUGGAUUCUGAUUGAGAAUGGAGAAACCCCCUUUUAAGCAAGUUCAGACAUGUGGGCCUUGGGAUCUAAAGGAACGUCUUGGAGCAGGAGGCUUUGGACAUGUCUAUAUGUAUGAACAUAAAACUACUGGAGAGAGGAUAGCAGUUAAAGCCUGCCGUUUGGAGUUGAGUGCAAAAAACAAAGAGAGAUGGUGCUAUGAAAUUCAAAUUAUGAAAAAGUUAAGCAAUGCGAAUGUUGUGAAAGCUCGUGAAGUUCCGGAGGAAAUGCAGGAUAUUGCAUGUAAUGAUGUCCCUCUACUAGUGAUGGAAUUCUGUACAGGAGGUAACUUGCGUAAGUUGUUGAGCAAGCCUGAAAAUUGCUGUGGACUUAAAGAAAGCCAAGUAUUAAGCUUAUUGCAAGAUGUUGGUUCUGGCAUCCAGUAUUUGCAUGACCACAGAAUCAUUCAUAGAGAUUUGAAACCUGAAAAUAUUGUAUUGCAAGAUGAUAAUGGCAAGUUGAUACAUAAAAUAAUUGACUUGGGCUAUGCCAAAGAUCUAGACCAAGGAAGUCUUUGCACAUCUUUCGUGGGGACAUUACAAUAUCUGGCUCCAGAGCUAUUUGAUUCACAAUCUUACACAGUCACUGUAGACUACUGGAGCUUUGGAACACUAGUAUUUGAGUGCAUCUCAGGAUUUCGACCUUUUUUGCAUAACAUGCAACCUUUUCAGUCGCAAGACAAAAUUAAAUACAAGGGCCAAUAUGACAUUAUGGCUGUUGAAGAGAUGAAUGGUGAAGUAAAGUUCUCCACAAAUUUACCACAGCCCAAUGGCCUUAGCAGUUUAAUGGUAAAACCACUGGAAACGUGGCUGCAAAUGAUGCUGGUUUGGGAUCCAAAACAACGGGGUGGUGGUAUAGAUCCAGCCACAAAUCGACCAGCAUGCUUCUUACUUCUGGAUCAGAUUUUAAGUCAGAAGUUUGUUCAUAUAUUAAAUAUGACUUCUGCCCGGGUUCAUUCUUUUUUGAUCAAACCUGAUGAGAGCCUGCAUUCUCUUCAAAUGCGCAUUGAAGCUGAAACAGGAAUUGCUGCUGCAAAUCAAGAGUUGCUUGUGGAAACUGGAAUUUCCUUGGAUCCUCGUAAGCCUGCCAAUCAAUGUGUGCCAGAUGUGAGAGGAUGGGACAGAUACAUGGUGUACCUCUUCGAUAAAAGUAGUACCAUCUACGAAGGGCCCUUUGUCGCUAGAAAAUUGCCAGAGCAUGUUAAUUACGUUGUGCGUGAUGCUAAGAUAAUGUUGCCCAAUGUACAACUGAGGAAGGUGUGGGGUGAAGCAGUGAAUUAUGUCUGUGGAUUGAAGGACGACUACAGCAGAUUGUUCCAGGGCCAAAGAGCUGCAAUGUUGAGUCUGCUUCGUUACAACAAUAACCUUACAAAAAUGAAAACAACAAUGUUUUCUAAUUCUCAGCAGUUGAAGGCUAGGUUGGAUUUCUUUCAGUCCAGCAUUAAGCUUGAUCUGGAAAAAUACAGUGAGCAAAUGGCAUAUGGGAUAUCUUCUGAAAAAAUGCUGAAAGCUUGGAAGGAAAUGGAAGAGAAACCAGAGGCUUGUAAACAGGCUGCUGAGAUUGGUCAUUUGGAAGAACAAAUCAUGAGUCUGCACAGUGAGAUAGUGGAACUGCAGAGGAGCCCAUAUGCGAGACGACAGGGAGACGUCAUGGAAAACCUUGAACAGAAAGCCAUUGAUUUAUACAGGAAGCUCAAGGGAAAACCAAAAGACUCACAUCAAUAUGGAGACAGUACAGAGAUGGUGAAGAUUAUUGUGCAAACAGUUCAGAAUCAAGAUCGUGUGCUGAAGGAAUUGUAUACUCAUCUCAGCAAACUGUUGGCCUGUAAACAGAAGAUCAUUGAUCUUUUUCCAAAGAUCGAACAAGCACUUGACAACAUUAGAGAAAAUGAAAAAAUGUUAUUGAGAUCACAAGAGAAGAGACAGAAAGAAAUAUGGUAUUUGUUAAAAAUUGCAUGUAGCACAGCACGAGGAUCUGAAAAUGCCAGUCCCGAGUCAUCUUGUUCACCUCACGGUUUAGGAUGGGCACAGCAGGGUCAAACUUUAAUACGACAAAAUGCUUUGCCGAACCCACUGUCCUCUAUAUCUGUAUUGAAAAACAGUGAGUCAUCAAUGACUGUAAUUGAAGAAAACCAGAGCUUCUGCAGCCAGCUACACAGUCUGAUGCAGGAAACUCUCUCAGAACAGAAGUGCAGCAUAUCUUCUUGUACUCUAAAAAUGAAGAUCCCGAUUGUGUGCUGAAAGAAUAGAUUUGUCAGCGUCAGAGUGAACAUAUCCCGCCUAAAGUCUCUUGAUUGGAGUUGGCUUGAAGGGAUGGUAUCAGACAGACCCUGAAAUUCAUAUUUGGUGUGGCGGUUGAUUCCUUGAGCCCUGAUUGCCAGAAGACCAUGAAUCGGUGUGGAUUUGCAGUGGUGAAUGCUAUGAAGAAGAAUCAUAUUUCUGGAGCUGGAAAAUGAAUCCUUCUAUCUCUCAGAAGUCUCUUGGUGUUUUAGUUCCACUGUUUCUAUUCAGCUGAGAUAACACAAGAAUGUGCUGAACUUGCCAGUAUGCUGCUGCUUUAUCACUUUGUCACUGACUGUUUGCUUUCAAAUCACAGUUACUGCAGUAACAGUUUAUAAAGUUCUCUUAAAUAUUUUUCUUAGGCUUACAAAAUAUAAUAAAAACAAUAAGUGAUGGAACAUUCAUAUAUGGCCCUGUCAGCAGAUGAAAAGAUAAAAAUAUAGAUUUGCAAUUUUUAUACAUUUUAUUAGAGUGUACAUUCAGAUGUUUUAAUCAGCUGCUGAUGGACAGGAUUUACAGCUUCUGCCUUUUAAUUUCAUAUUUUAUUUCACUUAUUACAUCACUAUUUAUUCGGUGUCCAGUGUGUUUUUUUUUCAAGUUUCCUUUUAUAUUUUGUGCAAAGUCAAAUAACAGUCUGAGUUUUAGUUCAUUAUUUGGUAUUUUGUGGAAAUGACCAUAUUAGGUCCAUCUUCCCACUAGCUGAUUCGAGGAAUGUCACUGAGGGAAACAUUCUUGUUACAGCUGAAUGUAGUAUGUUGGGUUGUAAUGAGGCCAGAGAUCACAGAACCACAUGAUUUAUUUAGUUUAAUUAGUGCAAUGGAUACCAUGGUUUCCAAAAGUCCCUAAUGUGGUCUGAAGUGGGCGCCAAUAUUUAGCGACAUUCUCACUGGUCAUAUUUAUAAUGUGGAUCUGACUAUCAGCUUUUAAUUCAGAUUUCCAAAUGAUUUCUUUUACGAAAAAAAAUAACAGAUGAGUUUCCUGUAGCUGCUAUUUCAUCAAAUAAAAUGGUGGGUCUUUAGGUUUCCUGUCAUUUCAGUUUCACCUUUGAAAAGGGAAUGAAAUAUUGAAAAAUCCCUAGCUAGAAGCUGCACUCUUUUAAAGGGAACAAUUUGCCAUUACCAUCUACCAAAACAUUAAUUUGCUAGGUGUGGCAGCCUGAACAGUUUGUCAAUUCUUUUUAAAAACUUACAUCAAUUUUGUGCUAGAUUUUAAAGCUGCUCUAAUUUUAAGAUUGCAUUUAUAGUACUUUAGAAGAUUUGGCUAUCACGAUUUUUAAGUUGAAGUUAACCCUGCAAUUGUUUUAAUAAUAUUUUAACCAUCCAACUUUAAGAUUGCUGUUUUUUUUUUAAAAAGAUGGGAGAUUACAUUUGCCACAUCCUCUUUCCCCGUCUUCCUAUUUUUUAACUGAAAGAGUUGGUCAUUAUUGCUCGUUGUUGGUUUAACACAGCAAACUAAAAAAAAGUAGAACCUUUUUUUUCUCUAUCUUUGCAAAGUAAUCUUGAAUCAAUAGUAAAAAUGAGGUUGGCUUAUGCCCUCGUGCACAUCUUAUUUUGUGCAUUCCCUAUCUGAUGUUAUAUCCUACUACUAAAUUAAUGCAAAAAUAAUAAAUGCCAUAAUGUUUAACAUGAGAGAUUCUGCAGAUGCUGGAAAUCCGGAGUCUCUCACAAACACACAAACACACCACCACCAUCACCACCCUCCACCUGGGGGAACUCAGCAGGCCAGGCAACAUCUAUAGAGAGGAAUAAACAGGACAAGAUAAAGGGCCUUGGCCCGAAAUGUCAACUGUUUAUUCCUCUGCCUAGAUGCUGUCUGAUCUACUGAGUUCCUCUCGCAUUUUAUGUGUGUUACCAUAAUGUUUCCUUUUUUAGUAUCCUGUUCAGUCAGUCAUUAAACUAAGAUGUACUAUAUCUAUGAUAUUAAAAAUGAAAGUAUAUAAAAUAAUUCUUUUAUUUUUAAUUGAUUAGUACAUAUUGAAACAUUUUCUGAAGAUGAAAACAUAUCUGGCCAUGAGGUGAUUCAGUAUGAACCAUUGAAUGUUCACCUGCAAAUUAUUUAUAACUUUUGUUAUACACGAAGUUCUAAGUACAGAAUAUCAUUUUCGUAAAAUAACCCAUUGGAUUACAAAAGACAAGAUGCCAGCUCAACAGUUAAAUCUUGAAGCCUGAUGCAAGUGGUCCAAUUUCCACGCACCAAGAUUUAUAGGGUUGAUUUUGGAUGAAUGAUUUUUUUUUUUGUUCAGCUGACUUCCCUUUCUUAUUUCUGCUGACAUGCUCUUCAAGGCUGGAUCUUGAAAUGUGAAAAGCUUCUUAAUUUUUUUUCUCAGUUGCUUCUGCCUUUCUGAUUUUUUAGGGGUCGAUUUACACUAAAGAUUUGAUUUAACUGCAGAUUGUGAAUUGAAAUGUAUGUCAUUUUUGUUUGCAAUAUCAUUUAUGCACAUGAUGUACAAAGAUUUGAAAGGAAAAAGUUCUUCCAGUAAAUUUAUAGACCAAAUGAUUUUAUAGAAAUUCAGUUGUGUAAAGCUUUUUCUGUUUUUGGAAUUGACUUUAACUGGGGUGAAAUGUGUUUGUGACAAUUGCUAGAUUGUUUCCCAUCACUGGAAAUUAAACCAGGCACUUUCCAGAGUGAAUAACUUUGCAUGCCUGAUAUGAUGUAUGUAUCCCAUUGAAUGGUUCUUUUGAGGAUUACUGGGGAAACUAGAUCAAGUUUUGCAGGGACAGCCGCCACUGGUGGCGGGGGGGGGGGUCUCAUCGGGCAACUAGAUUUAGAUUGAGGCUGGUCCUUGCUACACAACACUGAUCGCUGCCCCAUGCCCUUCAGUCCUCAAUGCUCCAAUCGGCACAGUUCUGUGACCCCAGACUCUUACCCCUGACCUCUGUAUCCUUUCUUCUUGAGCUUGCCUUCCUCACUGACAUAAUCUUUACUCCUGGGUAGCACGUUUUCCGAUUUAGAAGUGUGUCGUGUUUAAAUGUUUCGGCAUGGACUCGAUGGGCCAAACGGCCUGUUUUGUGCUGUAGUUCUCUAUGACUGUUGGGGUUGAGAGGGAAAUGGAUCAGCUAUGAUAAAAUGGUGGAGCAGACUCGGUGUGCCGAAUGACCUAAUUCUGUCCCUAUGUCUUAUGUUUUAUGCCCUUUCAAAAGUCUUGGACUUUAUGUGUUCUUGAAAUUUCCAAUGGACAGGCAAUCUAAAUAAUGAUAUAUGUAACACUGCUGUAAUCUAAUUGGUGGCCUAGCAUUUCUAGGCCAAUGUGUAUUUACUGAGAUCGCUAAACAAUAACAUGACAAAUAUUAGAAUGUUAGGUUUAUUUUAAUAUCUUGAUGCUAAUCUAAAUCUUUUAUGAUACACAGAUUUAGCAAAGCCAGGUGUUGCGCUUCAACUAAACACACUGGUAUCCUCCAUAACACAGAUUCUGUUGUCAAAUCUGUAUGUUUAAUGUUGUAUGGCAGCUUUGAUUGCACAUUGCACUUUUAAGAUGUCACAUUGUUUCAAUUUUGUUUUAAUUUUGAAAUAUGUUCAAUUUACCUAAAUGCUCAUAUUCAAUGUAGACAUGAUGGAGUGUACUGCCAGACGUGCUUUAACUAUAUGAUCUGUUCUUCUCUCGGAUUUGUGAAUUGAGGGAUGUGUCCAUUUUCUGUAGUCCCAUGAGUUUAGAUUUUGUAUUGAAUUAAACUUAAAGCAUUUCUUGAAUGUCAUAGAAUGGAAAAAAUGCAUAUGUGCCAGUGAUAAAUGAUUUUAUUUGUAAAUAGACUUUGUACAGAUUUCUUUAGGCCAUAACUCAAAAGUUUUGUGUUUUUCUAGCUAUUCAGCUAUUAUACACCAUAAUGAUGUUGUACUAUUGUUCCUCUUUCAAUUACAUUUGUAUUUAUGCAUCUCUUAAGCACCAAAAGCAAGGAAGACCACAGUUUGUGAUGCUUGUUUGUAUCAUUGAACCAGACUUCUGUGGUUGAGAAAGCCCCAGUGCAACAGAUUUUUCACUUUCCCACACAGGUUUCUUGUCAUCAUUGAAUACAAUGGACAACCACCAAAUACCAUAAUUUAAGAGGCCCUAUUAAAAGCCCUCAUUCCAACAUUGUGAAUUAUCAUCCCAUCCCUUUCCAAUUUCCUCUUCGUUGACAAAAUCAUUCAUCUUUCUGUUGCUUCAUUAACUCUUUGACUUUUCUAAAACUUUGUUUACCCCCUUUACACAUUUAGCACAAUACUGAAGCCUCUGAGUUUUCACAAAUUGACUGCAGAAUCAUUCCUUUUGUCUGAUCAGCGUGAGAUGCCAGCCCUAAGCUGACUCUCCAAUUAUAUCCAAAAAAAAUUACUUCCAAGACCUUUUCUUCCUCAAUAAUUAUUACUUCUAAGUGUUCUUCAUAAGUCUAUCCUUGACAUCCUCCUAUUUUUCAGCUCCAUCCUCCUUGCCAGAGACAGAAGGGAUCACAGUGUCAUUUUCCCCGUAGACUGAAGACUCCUGGCUGUAUUUCAUCACCACCUUGCCUGACCUUUUCAAUACUGUUAGAUGUUCUUGUCACAUUUACAUCCCCCUAGCAACCACCUGAGAAUGAAAAUGAAUUUUCAAUCUCGAUGCCCCUUUCGGCUCCUGACUACAUAUCUAUUCUAUUGCUAUCAUUUCCCAUUCCCAUCACCACCUCCACCUUGCCUCAGCCCAUCUGCUGCUGAAGGCCUUAUUCAUGCCUUUAUUACCUUUUGGAGCCGACUAUUCCUGAAGAGGCUUGCAUCUUUUAGCUUCUGUAAACAUGGGGUUACCCACAACCCUGCUUCUUUUGAGUCACCCAUCACUCCUGUACUUGCUCUCAGUUAAGCAGCAACUAAAUUUCAAAAUUGAUGUAAUUUUCCAAACAAUUAGUCCAAAUUUUCUAAAGGAUAGUAGGUAUUUAAAAGAGGAAGCCUUGUCCCUCCUCUCGUUAAUAUCCAUCCUUUGCACCAACCAAGAUAUCACUGCUCUCUGUUUUUCCCUACUUUAUCCACUUUGGGUGGGAAACCAAAUCACUAAACUCUGGAAUACUCUCCCUAAUUCUUUCUGCCUCUCCCUCUUCCUCAUUUCUAUUCCCAGGCAUCCCUUAAAACCCAUGUCUUUGACCUUACUUUCUUAAAAUCCCUUAAGUGGUUUUUGUCAAAUUAUGUUUGGUAAUAGUCCCAUAAAACAUCUGGGGGAUGUAACUUAAAUGCUGACACUCUUGUCUGUGUAGAUCUGGUUAUGUGCUCUGAUGGAUGUUUCAAAAGAUGCAAGAUACAAGUUGCUGUGGAUUUAUUUUAAACUGACAGAAAAGGAAAACUAGUUACCAAAUUUAAAUAAAGUUUAAAAACUAAAAUAGUAUUGUUCCCUUCCUAUAGAUCAUGUUUUUAUUAUCACCUUCUUCCACCCUUAUUUGCAUUUUUACCGCUUCCUGUUCAGAUAAUUCCUGACUACCUGUUGAUAAUCUGUAAACUGAAGGUUCAUUAGCUGACUCAUUUUGAGAUGAAGGCAAAAAGAAAAAUCUUUGGAAAUAGGGAAUAAAAGGGCAAACAGAGUUAUUUUGCAAGUCACUUCAAGCCCCAAGAGCUGACUGCUGAUUAUAAAAUUGAAGUGACAUGUACAUCUCACUUGGAGUAAAUGGCUAAUUCAGUUUCCUGAUGUUUGUUAGUAACAGUGAGGUAGGUUUCAUCAAACUCAAUUUAUAUGCUUGAAAUGCUGAGAAUGUUUUGUAUGUCAUGGGUGGCAUGGUAGCUUAGUGCGAUAUCUUUCAGUGCCAGCUAUAAGAUCAGGGAUCGGUUUUCACUGCUCUGUAAGGAGUUUCAAGCAACGCACAUAAAAGUUGCUGGUGAACGCAGCAGGCCAGGCAGCAUCUC